ACAAUGCAAUCUGAACUGUUUAUGCAUUCAGGUCAGGGAUUCGAACCACUCUAACUGACAGAACAUAUUCAUUGUACACAAGUACAACGCUUCAGCCAACGAGGCUAUCUGCAUCAUCAAAUAAAUAUGUAAUUUAAGCCUUAUAAACCUGAUACUAUUUUAGUUACAAUAAUAUGUUCUGGCGGAACACAGCGAAGAUUGUCGAAAACUAAAUCGGAAAUCAGAGAUUACAGGUUUAGCACGUGCAUCGCGCUUAAUGCCAAUCAUCCACUGGUGAAGAUUUCCUGACCGAAUGAUUCAGACUCAAGUUAUUUGAUACAAACUUAACGGAUGAAGAUGGUCUCGGUAUCCAAGUUUUGAUUGUUCCUUUAUGCGCAUUGUACAUCUCCGAUAUGUACCGAAUAUUCACGAGCGGUUCUACGAUAGCAUGGCUAAUUUUUACUCAAUUUUUCUGGACUGCGGCUGUUGUCUUGGGAAUCUUAUUGGCAAUAAGAGUGUACUGUUACCGACACAUGCUGCUGCAGCUGGUGACGAAGCUGGUCUUUGAGGAAUACGGCGGCCUCCUCCCGGGUCUGCGCGACUCCCACACUCGCUGCAUGAGCUGUCAGACGGACAACGUGGACUACCAGUCCGAGUCGGACAAGCUCAUCAAGCAGUACAGCAAGGAGCUCAAACAGGCUCAAAGAUAUAUCCUUCAGAUGAAACGGAAAUUUACACAAAGAGUGAGUGCUUUAAAAGAGAUGUCAAAACAGCGGAGUAAAUUUUUAUCGAAAAUGCAGCUGAAAUUUCCGAAUAUAGAACGCGAGAAAGAGUUACUACUGGCGGAACGCGACGCGAUAGAAAAACAGUACCAAGAAGAACGGAGACGAAACCGAGAACUGAUUAGUCGAUUUCAAAGACUGCACCAACAGUUUGGCAGAGUAGGCCAGGCUGCGUUUUCACAACACCCGCGGGAACCUAAUGUUAUUUUAUGAUUAAUAGCAGGAACAACAGAAAAGAGAGAGAGAGAAAAAAUUACAUAUAUGGAAUAGCAAUGUCA